AUGCCUAAAAUUAAAACCAUAAGAACUAAGAAAGCCCCUGAGGGAUGGGAUCUGAUUGAACCUACCAUAACAGAAAUUGGAAAUCAAAUAAGAGAUGUUGAAAAUCAAGCAUAUAGUGAUAAGAAGAAACCAGAAUAAUUUUGGGAGAUUUACAAAUUGCAUCAUUAGAGGUAUAGUAUUCAUUUAAAUAUAAAGAUCUCGUUAUAUUUAUGAAAUGUACUAUUACAAAAAGGAGAUAACCAGAGAAUUAUAUGAAUUUUGUUUAUAAGAACAAUAUGGAGAUGCAACAUUAAUUGCCAAGUGGAAGAAGACUGGCUAUGAGAAGCUGUGUUGUUUACAUUGUAUAUCUAAGUCUCAGCAUAAUUUCGGAGGAGCAUGUAUUUGCAGAGUUCCUAAAGCCAAAUUAGAGGAAGGUAAAUUGGUGCAAUGCAAACAAUGUGGAUGUAGAGGUUGUGCUAGUGGAGAUUGAUUUAGUUAUCUAUAAAACAGUAUGAUAAGUUUUAAUCAUCCG